CGCACUGCAAACUGAAGUCUCAUCAUGUGGAUCUGUUGAAAACCGCCGUGAUGACAAAGGAACGUUUGCGUCGUUUCUGUGCUGACUGUCACACAGCCUUGCGGAGCAGGGCAGCUCGUGCUGCAAGUGGCCAGGAUCGCACUGUGAAUGAAGGUCGGCGUGGGAGCAGCUGCUGAUGGGAGCAGGAAGUCCAGGCUGAUGCACUCUGAGGCAUCUCUUGGUGCGGUACCAGAGGUGGCAGUAAUGAUGUCGGGGCACAGCUGCAGAAGAACAUGAGGAGCUCCCCAGCAGGAAGCCACAAAACCUGCAGAAAGCUGCAGGAGAGCCAGAGAGUGCAUGGGAGCCCAGGAGGAAAUGCAGCCCAGGAGUUUGAGCGGCGCCUGGCAGUGGAGUGCUGCGGCCCACAGCCAGAGCUAUUCUGCCUUCGCUGCUUCCCAAGCAGGAGGUGUCUGUCCUCGUAAAACCAGAGGGCUGGCUCAUCCAAAUGCUUGCUAAUUGUUUGGAAGAUCAAAUUCUGAGGCUCAAAUCCUUCCAGCCUCCAAGCUGGAGGCAACAUCUCCUGGGUGCAGUCGUGCGGUGCCUGAGCGAGAGGGUGACCCGAGAUGGCUGCACAAGAGUCACCUUAAUUUCUCUGUUAUCUUACUUCCAAUAACCCCACUGGGUGACCCCUGUGUCGGUCUCUUAGAAUUUGGAUCUAGGAGGUGCCCGCUUCCUUUGCUUGGAAUGAAAGCGCAGGAGUGAUGCGGAACCGUGCUGAGGUCACAGUCGUUGCUGGGGUGGCAGGGCUUGGCCCUCCGUGGCGAGCAGAGCUGGUGCUCUAGUGAGCGAGUGGCACACAGAGACUGAGCUCUGAGCGUUUUGUGGCAAGGAUCAUCCUUGAGAGCCCGUCAGAAGCACCGCUGCGGUGUGUGUGUGACCUGGGCACAGCCUGGACUGACCUGGACCAAGAGGGUUCCACUCUGAAAGGUGAUCUUGGGUCCAAGCAGUCCCAGAGUGCAGCCGCCUCUUUCCAAGAGCGGGGAAUUCCUUUGGAGACAGCCCAACCUUGCUCCAAGAAGUUCCCCAUGCCUCAGAAAGGAGUUGACUGCCACUUCUAUUUCAACUCUGUCUGCUUUAAGGGAGACAGCUGUCCCUUCCGCCACUGCGAAGCGGCUCUGGGGAGUGAAGAGGUCUGCAAGCUGUGGAUGCAGGGUCGCUGUUCCAGCAGCAACUGCAGGCUCAGACACACAAAAAUUGAUAAGAAGCGCAGUGAGAUUCCCUGCUAUUGGGAGAAUCAGCCGGGAGGCUGUCAGAAAGCCCACUGCCCUUUCCUUCACUUGAAGGAACGCAGUGGGAAGGCACCGACUGUACCACCAAGUGACGAAGCUGACACAAGCCUUCCUCUGACCAGCGGCCCUGCACAAAGUCUGGAGAGCCAGACAGAGGUUGAGAAGGCAGCAGAGAGAGGUGACAUCCCAUCUUCCUCCCAUGGCCCCGCUGCGCAAAAGCGCAAGCGAUGUGAGGAGAAGGGCAAAGCAAGCGAGUUGCCUCUCAAGAAGAGAGUCAAGGCUGGACGCAAGGUGUACCUCAGGUCUGUUGAUUGGAAAUCCACCUUCCCCAGGAAGCAGACACUGAAGCGGAAAGCAGCGGACAUGGAACCGUCUGCUGCUGAGGACACCGAUGAGCCCCCAGCCAGAAAACUGCCUAUGGCCAUCGUUCCAGCCCUGCCUGGGGACAGCCUGGUGACCAUUCCUACAGUUGAAACACCUCCUAGCAGUCUGGAACUGCUUCUGGGAAGCCAGGCAGACUCCGUGGCAGACUCUGUGCCUUGUGCCUCACAAGCAGCACAUCAGAUGCAGCAGCUGAGCUGCACAGAGGCGGGGAAAGCGCUCAUCUCCGAGGAUGAGGACAUCGAGACAUUAAUGAUGGAAAUCAUUGGAGAUGAGUUAGAAGGAGAAAUUGACAUGGAUACUGAGAAGGAUACGGACGAGCUCCUUCAGGAACUGUCUGACAUCAUUGACAGUGUAACACCAUAGUCUGAUUGUAUAUUUUAAAACAAACAACAACAAAAAACA